UGGGUGCGAUGGGUUUCGCUCCAAAAUCUUGAUUAGGUUUUCAAAUUUUCGAAGUGGGAAUGAGUUCUGCUGUACUUCCAAAACACGUAGCCGCCGUUAUAAGAUACCAGAAGGAUCCAUUAAGAGCCCUUGAAAUGUUCAGUUCCGUCAAGACGGAAGACGGGUACAAACACAAUCUGUUAACUUAUAAAUGCAUGGUCGAAAAGCUCGGUUUUUUCGGUGAGUUCGAAGCCAUGGAGAAUAUCGUAGCCGAGACGAGGGAGAAUCUCGACAACACUUUGUUGGAAGGGGUGUACAUUAGUGCCAUGAGAAAUUACGGCAAGAGAAGGAAAGUUCAAGAAGCCGUCGACGUGUUCGAAAGGAUGGAUUUCUACGGCUGCGAGCCGACGCUUUUCUCGUACAACGUCAUUAUGAAUAUCUUGGUGGAAAAUGGGCAUUUUAAUCAGGCCCACAAAGUGUAUAUGCGGCUGAAAGAUAAAGGGAUUGCACCCGAUGUGUAUACGUAUACGAUUAGGAUAAAGUCGUUUUGUAGAACAGGUAGGCCCCACGCUGCUCUGAGGCUGCUAUAUAACAUGCCAGCUCAGGGCUGCGAGUUUAACUCGGUAGCGUACUGUACUGUGAUUGGUGGAUUUUACGACGGGGAUUAUAAAAUGGAAGCUUAUGAGUUGUUCCAUAAGAUGCUUGAGCUUGAUAUUGUCCCGGAUGUUACUACAUUCAAUAAGCUAAUACAUGUUCUUUGUAAAAAGGGGGAUAUCGAAGAGAGUGAGAUACUGCUCGAUAAGGUUCUUAAACGAGGGGUCGUUCCGAAUUUGUUCACGUUUAAUAUCUUCAUUCAAGGUUUUUGCAAAAAGGGCUUUCUUGAUCAUGCUUCUAAGAUGUUCGAAAGUGUGACGAGUGAAGGCCUUUCGCCCGAUGUUGUGACGUAUAAUACACUUAUAUGUGGCUUGUGCAAGAAGUCGAAAGUUAUCGAAGCUGAGAACUACAUGAAUAAAAUGGUGAAUAGUGGUAUUAGGCCCGAUGCUUUUACGUACAAUACGAUCGUUAAUGGAUAUUGCAAAGUUAAUAUGGUGCAGAAAGCGGACAAGGUUUUGCUCGACGCAGUGUUUCGAGGGUUUGUGCCCGAUGAGUUUACGUACUGCUCGUUAAUUUAUGGAUUGUGUGAGGAUGGUGAGAUAGAGAGGGCCGUAAGCCUGUUUAAUGAAGCUGGUGAAAAGGGUAUAAAGACGAGUGUUAUUCUGUACAACACUUUAAUCAAAGGAUUUUGUAGGCAGGGAUUAAUUUUCGAGGCUUUGCAGCUGAUGAACGAGAUGCAAGAAAAGGGGUGCAGUCCCGAUAUUUGGACGUAUAAUUUAAUUAUAAAUAGCAUGUGUAAAUUGGGAUGCUUGGUCGAUGCAACCACGCUUAUGAACGAUGCUAUGACCAAAGGGUUUCUUCCCGAUAUAUUCACCUUCAAUACUUUGAUUGAUGGCUAUUGCAAACAGUUGAAGAUCGGCGAGGCGCUUCAAAUUGUCGAUACAAUGUGGGAGCAUGAGAUUACCCCGGAUAUAAUCACUUAUAAUAUUAUAUUAGACGGGCUCUGCAAAAGUUCGAAUCUUGAUAAUGUCUUCGACACUUUUAAAGCGAUGAGGGAAAAGGGUUGUGUGCCGAAUGUCAUUACGUAUAACAUGCUCAUCGAGAGCUCAUGUAAAGCUCGGAAAUUUUCUAGAGCUAUGGAGUUUCUUGAUGAAAUUCAGCAAAAUGGUAUAUGUCCGGAUAUAGUAACUUUCGGUACAUUGAUAAAUGGAUUUUGUGAAAACGGGGAUGUGGACGAGGCCUAUGGUUUGUUCGGUAGAAUGGAGAAGCACUUUGGGAUUUCGCCCACAUUAGCGAUUUACAAUAUUUUGAUCAAUGUGUUUUCGGAGAGGCUAAAUAUGGAAAUGGGAUCGAAACUAUUUCAAGAAAUGGGCGGAAAAUAUGAAUUCUUGCCGGAUAAUUAUACUUACCGAUCUAUGAUUGAUGGGUUUUGCAGGACUGGAGAUAUUGAUUCGGGGUUUCGUUUUCUGAUUGAAAAUGUUACGAAAGGGUUUGUUCCGUCGUUCACGACAUUCGGUCGAGUGUUGAAUUGUUUGUGUGUGAAGAAUAGGCUGAGUGAGGCUGUUGAGAUUGUGUACCUUAUGGUGCAAAAGGGUUUCGUUCCCGAAGUUGUGAACACAAUCUUUGAAUCGGAUAAGAGAGAAAUCGCGGCGCCUAAGAUAGUUGUGGAAGACUUGUUGAAGAAGUCGCAUAUUACGUACUACGCGUAUGAGCUCUUGUACGAUGCUGUUAGAGAUAAGAAAUUGAAGAAGAAGACGAGGAGAAAAAUUAUUAGCGGGUCUUGAAAUUAACUAUUUAAAAAAAGGGUUCUUGCGUAAUCGUACGUAUUGGAGACCGAAUCACGGGACGGUGAUAAAGAACAAACGCUCGUGAUUUCGCUGCAUGGUGAAGAAAUUUUAUUAACUGCUCUGCAGCUGGUCGAACAGCGUCUCUACUUUUUCGGACCUGUACUUGUGGCAACAUAAAUUUCAUGGAAUGGUAUCGACGAGAUCUCUCUAGAGUCACAGUCACAGUCAGUCACAGUCACGGUGUCACAGCCAAGAAGAGAUGAUCAACAAGAGGUCAAAAUGAAGAAAGAAACCCUUUAUUACAUGAUGAAGAAAUGGGAUUUUAAGAAUGUUCGAUUAUGUGCCUCUUCUCCGUAGCAACGGAUAAUUUUUUUCCGAUUCUUUUUUUUUGUAAAUCCCGAUGAAAUUUCUAUUGUAUUGUACCUCCUACGUAUGGCGUAAAACUCCGUAAAGUGUAUUUACGACGGACAAUUCACACAAUGUAAUAGAAGAAUAUAAUGCGGAAUAUAGAAUAUCUUUGCAAUGUAAA